AUGGCCGAAAAACCUCUCUCCGUGCCCAGCACGGAUGCUGAAAUCCUUAUCUCCCAAGAAACCAGCCCCGAGCAAACCUUUGCCACCUUCACAACGUCCACAGCCUGGGCACUCGGCACAGCCCUCCGCAACAGAAUCCUCUCCCUCCCCAAAACCCAACGCAAACCCGCCUUAAUCUCCAUCGCAUUGGCAACGGCGACACCAAGCUCCGGACCACUGCACGUGAUAUUCCAGUGCGCAACAGAGAGUGGCACGAUCCCAGACAAUGAGAACUGGGUGCGCCGGAAACGGAACACCGUGCUGCGGUGGGGCGUGUCGAGCUGGGCGAUGCGGAUGAAGAUGGUUGGCGGGUUGGGCGCGGGUGCGAGUGCGGCGGAGGUCGAAGAGGCGUUUGUGAAUAAGUACGCGCUGGCUAGUGCUAAUGGCGGUGCUGUUGCUGAUGAGUAUGCUAUCCAUGGGGGUGGGUAUCCGGUUAGAGUGCGUGGGGUGGAGGGUGUUGUUGCUGUCGUCGUUGUUUCCGGGUUGAAGCAGGAGGAUGAUCACCAGGUUGUAGCGGAGACGGUUAGGGAGGUUGUUGCACAGGGGUGUUAG